AUGCUCGGUUCUGCCCCCUCCUUCGGCUCGCCAUGCCCCCAUGUCGAUAUGGGUCGGCUUCAGGCCAUCUACAGCGCUCAUCGUGCUACCUUUUGGGCGGCCGUGGCUUCCGACUACGGAAUGUGCAUGAGCCCCAUGGCCCUCGAGCAUGCUUGGAAGACGGGUAUCUGCUGCAGCCAGCACCAGGCUAUCACUCCUCUGUCGCCGGCUGCCAGCCCUGACCACUCGGAUCGGGAGGGAAAUGCCAAGGUUCACGACAAGACGCGCAUCUCUGCUAUCCUUGGCCUCGAGACACAGCCCCGCUCUCCCCAAGACCAGCACAUGGUCCGCAGGAUGGAGGAUGAGAGGAGUAUGAACGUCAUCUCAGCUCACGCCUGA